AGGGAGCGAUGGGUUAACAUCUUCAGAAGAACUUUCUUACCAAAACUUGUCUGCACUGGUUACAAGCUGGCCGAUGAUAAUACUGCAUUGAAAUGCAUGUAUCUCGUUGCACCACAUGCACGUUGCACGGAAGACAGUAGCUAGCGAGUUAAUUAAGUGCAAUCCACGUUUCGGAGCACAUAUGGGCACAAAAAGACCAAGGCCUCAGCGCGUUAAGGGAGCGGAUACAAAAAGAUUUAAGAUUCGCAAGAUAGCUCCCGUGAAGAGGAGACCGGAUCACUGGUAAAAAGCCCAGCAGCUUUCCCCAGCCAUGUCUGUCCGGGAGGCCUUUAACCCUGAGAGCUAUGAACUGGACCCGGGCUUCCGGUUAACACGCUUUACGGAGCUGAAAGGAACGGGCUGCAAAGUACCGCAGGACGUCUUACAGAAGCUGCUUGAGUCUCUACAGGAGAACCACUUCCAGGAAGAUGAGCAGUUCCUUGGGGCGGUCAUGCCCAGACUGGGUGUGGGAAUGGACACUUGCGUCAUUCCGCUGAGACACGGCGGCCUCUCUCUUGUUCAGACCACAGACUACAUUUACCCCAUCGUGGACGACCCCUAUAUGAUGGGACGCAUUGCAUGUGCCAAUGUUCUAAGUGACCUUUAUGCCAUGGGAGUCACGGAGUGUGACAAUAUGUUGAUGCUUCUGGGAAUCAGUAAUAAAUUGUCAGAUAAGGAGAGGGACAAAGUGAUGCCUUUAAUAAUUCAGGGAUUCAAGGAUGCAUCAGAAGAGGCGGGGACAUCGGUAACGGGAGGCCAGACGGUACUAAACCCCUGGAUCGUCCUGGGGGGAGUGGCCACGACAGUGUGUCAACCCAACGAGUUCAUCAUGCCAGACAAUGCUGUGCCAGGAGACGUGUUGGUGUUGACAAAACCCCUCGGUACACAAGUAGCUGUUGCAGUCCACCAGUGGUUGGACAUUCCAGAGAAAUGGAACAAAAUCAAACUGGUAGUAACACAAGAGGAUGUUGAGCUGGCGUAUCAGGAAGCCAUGAUGAAUAUGGCUAGACUGAACAGAACAGCUGCGGGGCUCAUGCACACCUUCAACGCCCAUGCUGCGACAGACAUCACAGGGUUCGGGAUCCUGGGCCACGCCCAGAACCUGGCCCGGCAGCAGAGGAGCGAGGUGUCCUUCGUCAUCCACAACCUGCCCGUGCUGGCCAAGAUGGCCGCCGUGAGCAAAGCGUGCGGGAACAUGUUCGGCCUCAUGCAUGGCACCUGUCCUGAGACUUCAGGAGGCCUUCUUAUCUGCCUGCCCCGGGAACAGGCAGCCCGUUUCUGUGCUGAGAUCAAGUCCCCCAAGUACGGCGAGGGCCACCAGGCCUGGAUCAUCGGCAUCGUGGAGAAGGGCAACCGCACGGCCCGGAUCAUCGACAAGCCGCGGAUCAUCGAGGUGGCACCGCAAGUCGCCACGCAAAACGUCAACCCCACCCCCGGAGCCACCUCUUAGUACAGGACUAGAGAGGAGGGUCUGUACCCCUUUUAGGC